CCAGCAAGGAGUGAUUGAAUUCUUCUCGAAAAGUUUGGGUCUCAUCUGAUUGUAAGUUUAGGGGGAUCUUUGUGAAGGAUUCCCGGACACCGGACAAAUGGAGGAUGCUUUAGAAAAUUUUGGGAAAACGCUGGCAUUGAGGAGGCUUAGUCAAGCCCAACAUUUGAGUCAAUUGGCUCAAUGCAAAUUCCUCCCUUGUCUUUUUGUUUCCAGAAGUCCAACCUGAUCGCCCACACUCCGAUUUUUUAAGAGUGCAUAGAAUACGAAAUGGACUCUUUCAUUGACACGGAGUACGAAGAUUUUAGGGUUCUAUGGGGUUUUGAUUUUAGGGUUUUCCCAUGGAGAAGCGCAGGCGAUCGCACGCCAUCCACAAGCGGGCAUGCUUCGCGAAGCUGGGCCCUGGGGCGAGGAAGGGGAAGACUACGAGCCCUAAUUCUUCCCCGGGACCUGCGAAUUUGGACAAGUAUUUGAAUGAAGAGGGGGAGUCGUGGGCGGAAAGAGUUUGUGGCGCAGUGCCAUUGGCGUGUUUGAAGAUGGUGGCUAUGGAGCGUGCUGCCACCCUUGGUGACCUGAAGCUGGCCGGGGUUUUGAGUUGGGAAACUCUCCAGGGCAUUUUUUAGAGAGCAACGGCUUUCUGCUCGUCUGGCGGAAUAUCAAAAUCAUUGAAGAAAAGAGAUGUGUUUUCUCUUUCUCAAGUUCUCAAGGACAAGAGAAGACAUUGCAAGCAGGCCCCUUUGGAACUGAAAGAAUUCAAGACAUGUAAUCGGUAAAUCACUCUUCCCUACGAUAAGACUUGGUCUAGUGGCAAGUGUGUAGGGUGCGACCGUAGACAAGCCUAGUGUAAGUGCUAUACUUGCAAGAGUUUAUUUCAAUGUUUGAGUUGGACACUGCAAGAAAGUGUUCCAUUCUUCAUGCCGUAUUA